AUGUGGAAUAUAAUCUCAAUUAAUCCGAUAUGUUAGAAAAAGAAAUUGGUUUCUGAUUAGGAGAGGUUAUUAUUAAAUUGUAGAAACAUGAAGAAGACAAUCAAUAAUGGAGAACCAUGGAAGCCAUCUCAUUCAUUAUCGAAAGUUAAUAACAAAUAUAGUCAUUGUAACUAAAUUUAUAUAAAUUAACAAAGAGGAGGAGAAUAAAAUCAUGCAUCAAAAUAACAUCUUGCUAUCUAAAAUGAUGGAUAUUUAGAGACAUAAUUUGAGAAGUUAGAGUUCUGGAUAAUUGCCAUCAUCAUAAUUAUCACAUGUGAGCAAUCUAAACCAAAGAAAAUUCGAGAAGUUCAAAAUCAAUCAAGAAAAUCAAAAGUUUCUCUCUCGACUGCAAUCUGCUUCGUCAAUUUACAACAAAAAUUAUUGGUAACCUGACAAUGAAAAGAAUGAAAUUUACAAAUAAAUUAUAUUAAAGAGGACAAGUUAUUUUUAUUUAAUAUUUUAGAACUCAAUCAAGAUUAUAAUGAUUUAGCCAGAAAAUCACUUGAAAGUAGAUCGACAGGAAGAAUGCUUUCAUGUAAUGACAUAUCCUUAUAUAAGCAGCCCAAUAAUUUAAGCGUAGACAGAUGUCUGAUGAAUAAUUCUAAUUAUAACAAUCGCCAGAAUGA